GAACAAUCUCUGAUUUCUUGUCAUUCCAUGGGCGACCUGAACCUUUGUUGAUAAUUUCUUUGUUGGGGCUCUGUCUCUCUGUCUCGGAGGCUUCAGAGUGACAAUCGUUUUCGUGGCGCUUAUGUUUGUUUUAUGAUGUUGAAAUCGCAUGUGACACGAUACUGUCGCGCUGGAUUUUCAUUGACUGCUUACCAUGCUGAAGCAUUAUAGCUUUUAGAAUUGUCUCCUGGAGAAUAAAUGAAUUGUCUAACAUCUGUGUUGCAUGAAUAAUUUCUCGCUUAGUGGACUGCACACUGCAUGGAUUUGAGAGGAAUUUAGGAGUGAACUGACAUCUAGUCAGCGAAGGAGCAUUCAUUUUUGUAGGAGGCGAGGUCUAUUCGGCUCCAGGAAUCAGAGCAGAGCUUGAGCGGCUAUGGCUGCUGGGAGCUCCUCCCGGAGGUUAACCAAGGAAUGUUUCCACCGGCUGGUGGGUCUCGGGUCGAUUUUAGCUGGAGUUCGUGUCGCACCUCUAUCGCUGCAAUCGAGUGUGAAAAGCGCGGGACUGUGCCACGCAGCAGAGAAUGUGCGGAAGAUCUGCCCACAGAGUGCUUGGCAAGUGCAACGAAUAGAAGUAGAUUUUGUUGAUCCCAAAGUUAAACACAAUGGGCAACAGCGAUGGUAUGCCAGGAACGACAGCGAGAAAGCAAAGCCCGACGCUGAUUCUAUUGCAACGGAGAUGAUUAAGUAUGCAGCCUCUUGUAGGAGUAAUGAAUCAGCCCAUGUGGAGGCUAUCCGCGUGUUGGAACAGGGAAGAACUUUUCUUCUUAACGAAGGAUCAUCAGCUGCCCCUGCAGCUGGCCGUGUGCUUCUUACCCUAGCUACUUUCCACUGUGACAGAGGAGAAUGUACUGAUGCUGUGGAAGCUUUACAAGUAGCUAGUGACCUUAAGUCAGCUGGCUUAGGGCUUCGAGUGGCUGCCUUGGAAGCCUUAGCUGGACUUUGCUUACGCUUACACGAAGAAGGGUCAGCUCUCAAGUAUGCACACAGUUGUGGCCAACUUGUAAUGGCUGCAGGCGAUUCAGUGCCAAAAGAAGAGCUUGUGGAGCUCCAGUUUCGAAGCAAAGCAGUUGCUCUUUUACCUGCAUCGGUCUGUGCACGGCAUGGAGCUGCUGAUACACAACUAUUUGAAGAUGUUCCUAAAAGGCUUGAAGAAGACUGUCACCGUGCAGCUGGGGUUGCUGUAGGAAUGCUUAGUGUAGCUCAGUGUGCUCAUAUUGGGGGCUACUUGAAAAUUGCUGGCGACCUAUAUAGAAGAACUAUUUCAAUACUUCAAAACUCGAAGGAAAGUUCAAGCAAGGUGACUCUGGCUUCAUGUGCUAUGACCCCGGAAGAAGUUCAGGUUGGAGCUCUGGCAGGAUUAGGCCAACUUGCCUGUCACGUGGGAGAUUUCGACGAAGCAGAGAGUAAAAUCACUGAGGCACUUACUCAAGCAGAAAAGAUUAAUGGUGACAAACAUCCACGGGUAGGAAUUAUCUUGGCAUGUCUUGCGGAUGUGUAUGCACGCAGAGGAAAAGUCAUGGGAAGUGGCGAUAGUUUCAUUAUUGCAGAGGGUCUAUAUCGACGAUGUCAGGAUUAUUUAAGGAGUCCAUCCAUAGAUGUGCCAGAUACAGGAAAAAUUGUGGAUCUUGUUGAUGUAAUGUGUCUUUCAAGAGCUCGCUAUGCAGAAAUCAUCCACAAAUUCCCUAAUCGUGAUGAGGAAGCAGAUAAGAUACAGAAAUGGGCCAGCAAGAUGUGGAAAGGCCCUCGACCGCUUUUAGACUUGAUGAAAGUGGAUAGUGCUCGGACAGUGGUUAAAGAAAAGGGUGAGGCACCAGAAGAUGUCCAGGCUGAUGAAACAAAGCCACCGAGUGUUGGCAGCACAAAAGGGCAUGUUGUGAUUGAUGUUAGGCUGGGUCGUGUGAUGUGGAAAGUAGAAUAGCACCACGGCUUUUGUAGUCUAUCUGCACAGUAGGAAUGGACCACAAUGGUCGUUGUAUGGUUUUUGACACUAGUUAUAGCUCAGCAAGAGCUGCUAAACCUGGUCUAGGUCCGACAGAUAGUUAUCAUCACCAGCGUGAGGAGGGGGUAAGCAACAGCGUGAGUAAUAAUCAGAACAUAAAUUGAAAGCUCUUGUGCUUUCAGUUUGUUUUGUAUUUUUGUUUUUUUUGUUCAAAAGGCAAGACUGAGUGUUCAAGUUUCA